CAAAAAACAAAAUGAAAAUUUUCAAAGAAUUUUAAGGUUAGGUUUAUUUCAUCCAUAAAAAAUUCAAAAAAAAAUAAAAAUUUAUUCGUGAAAAUGGUACACAUAUCGAAAAUUAGCAGCCACAAUUUGAUGCAAAUCUUGCCGACAAUAGUUUAUUCGACCAGGAAUAUUUCAAAAUGUUUCAAUCCAGAUUUUUCUUCCAAAGCAAUUAGAAAUAGAUUUUUGGAGUAUUUCAUUAAAGAGCACAAUCAUAAAUUCGUAAAAUCAAGUCCGGUUGUACCAUAUUGUGAUCCUACUGUCGCUUUUGUAAAUGCUGGGAUGAAUCAGUUUAAGGGAGUUCUUCUUGGAACUCAGCAACCCAAACACAAAACUGUUGCCAAUAGUCAAAAAUGUAUAAGAAUUGGUGGUAAACAUAAUGAUCUAAAUGUAGUUGGAACCGAUGGUUAUCAUCAUACAUUUUUCGAAAUGCUAGGUAACUGGUCUUUUGGGGACUAUUUCAAGCCUGAAGCUUGUAAACUUGCUUGGGAUUUGCUUACUAAAGUAUAUAAAUUGCCGAAAAAGAGGUUGUAUGUUACAUAUUUUAAAGGUGAUGACAGACUCGGUUUAAAAGAAGAUAUUGAAACUAAAGAAAUUUGGAAAAAAAUUGGAGUACCUGUAGACAGGAUAUUACCAUUUGGUGUAAAAGACAAUUUUUGGGAGAUGGGCUUAGUAGGUCCAUGUGGGCCUUGCACAGAAAUUCAUUAUGAUCACACUGGAAAUACAGACAGGGCUAAAUUUGUAAAUAAGGGUCUCUAUGACCUCAUAGAAGUUUGGAAUAUAGUUUUCAUUGAACACAAUAGGUUACCCGACGGAAGUAUCAUAAAGUUGCCACAAAAACACGUCGACACCGGUAUGGGUCUUGAAAGGCUUACGGCAGUCUUGCAAGAAAAAGUCAGUAAUUAUGAUACCGAUAACUUCAGGUACUUGCUAAAGGCGAUAUACAAGAAUUGUAGGGGAAUCCCUCGAUACGAAGGUUUAUUUGGAGAGAAAGAUUGGAACGAUAUGGAUAGGUCUUAUAGAACUAUGGCGGAUCACGUUAGAAUGAUAACGGUUUCUUUAGGGGAUGGGGUUAUUCCAGAAGAAAACCAAAAACUUCGUAAAAUAUUGCGAAAAACCUUUCUCUUGAGUGAAAAUAUGUUCAAAAGGCCAAAAGGUUUAGUAAAAGAACUAACAAAUUAUGUCGUCGAUAAUUUAGGCAUAGCUUAUCCGGAAUUAGAAAAAAAUAUAUCUCAGAUACACCAAAUAAUCGAUUACGAAGAAGACAUUUUCAAAUCGCUGCGGCAAUCUGCCUCAAAAGAUUGGGACAAACUGGUAAAAACCAAUCCGAAAUUAUUAGAACUCGAUAUAACAGAAACGCCCAAUUUCAUUAAAGCUUACAAAGAAAUCAGUUCGAAUCCGCCUGAUAAAAUAGACCAGCAAUUAGCGUUCAGACUCUACGAUACGCACGGUUUAGACGAAGACAGCAUCGCUAAACUUGCCGAAGCUCUAAAUUUGAAAUUUAACGCCGACGAUCUCACUAACGAAUUAAAAAACGCCAAAUUAAAAUCUAAGAAAGGCAGCGUUAAAUCUGAAAACGAAAUUUAUUCUACUUUACUCAAAGAUGGCGUUUCAAUAACGGAUGAUCAGUUUAAAUACGCUUAUGUUAGGAAUACAGAUGGUCAAUACGUAUUCGAUAAUGUUACUGCUAAGGUUUUAAAAAUAUUUAGGAAUAAUGAAAGUUUGGAGGAAGUGGAAAGUGAUCAUUAUUGCAGCUUGGUUUUGGAUAAAACCAACUUGUAUUCGGAAGCAGGCGGUCAAAUUAGUGAUAAGGGAUUGAUAAAAUUUCCCGACGGCAUUUUUGAAGUAACCUCCCUCGAAAACUUGAACGGCUACGUCCUGCAUCACGGUUUUUACAAAUCUACUACCAACAAAUUGCAAUGCAACAGCGAGGGCACUCUAAUAGUCGAUCCCAACUUCAGACUAAAUUGCAUGCAAAAUCACACCGGCGUUCAUCUCCUAAACGCUGUACUGAAGAAACUAAAAUUGGCGACGUGUCAAAAAUCGAGCAAAGUAACCGAUAAGUACCUGAAUUUCGACGUCGCCAUAUUCGGCGAUAAGCUGUCGGACAAAGAUGUGAUUCAAAUAGAAAAUAAUAUUUUAGACGUUAUUAGAAAAGGAGAACCGGUUAGAAUAAGCGAAAUUAAUAGCCAGGAAUUGUUGAGAUACGAUGCUGUUACGUUAAUCCCCGGAGAAAUAUAUCCGGAAACUGGAAUUAGGAUUGUGGAGGUGCAAAACAGUGGGUUCGUUUCGAGGGAGCCUUGUUGUGGAACGCACGUCUUGAACACAUCGGAUAUCAAUGAUUUUUGUUUGACGCACGUCAAAUCUUUAGGAAGGAGCACAACGUCUGUAAUAGGCGUUACCGGAGACAGAGCCAAACAAGCCAGAAAAAAUGGCGUACAAAUGAUCGAACAAGUAGAAUCUUUAACGAAACAAAUAGAUGAUAAUAUCGAUAAACGUGAACUUCUCAAUAUGAUGGUUACUGCGUUAAGAAAAAAAUUAAAUUAUAAUCCGGAUGAUACGCAUAUUCUUCCUUUAACCACCAAGCUUAAAUGCGUAGAAGAAUUAGACUCGAUAGUAAAGAAAAUUGAAAAUGUGGAGACUGAAUCGUUAAAAGAUUUUAUAGAAAUGGAAAUACAAAGCGCGCUAGAUUCAAAUAUAAGAACGACAAAAUCGAACCAAAAAUAUUUAGUUCAUUAUUUGAGAAGCUCCACGAUGUUGGACAACGUUCCUUUACAAAAGGCGACAAGACUAUGCCCUGAUUUCCCUAUUUUAGUCAUUGCCUAUGUAGAUAAUACAGUCAAAGCUAGAUGCUGUGUUCCCAAGAAAGUCAAGACUGACAGCUUCACGGCUGAGAAAUGGAUGAACGAAAUAGCCGCGGUGUUCAAAAGCAGGGCAGCGCCCCCGAAAGGCCAAGACGGUAGUUUAGUAUGCAAUAUGAAAGCCAAACGGGUUCACGUACAAGACUGGGACCCUCUCCUAAAAGACGGCAUGGAGAAGGCGCAAACUUUCAUCGAAGAAAAUUUAUGAAAAGCCAAACAUUACAAAUUUUAAAUGGAGGCAGUCUAGUAAGUACCUGAUGGAGAUCUAAGACAGAUUCGUGCUCGUUAGUUUGUAAAUAAAAAAUAUAUUUAUUUUUGUAAUGGUUUUAUUUUUAUUUAAUACAUUUUUUUAACAAGCAUCAACACUUAAUGCGCAACAUGAAUUUUCGAUCAACCUCGAAUUUUUCAAGUGGCUAAUCGAAAAAAGGCAGGCUUUUAUUAUUUUAAUUUUAUGCACUUCUCAAACAUGAAAAACAAAUUUGUAACAUUUACUGUGUAUAUAUAGCAUUUGCAAGAUUUAUCUAAAUCAGGAAUUAAUAGGACGAGGUUAUUGAAAGAAGAAAUAAAAUCGUAAGCACAGGGUGAUUCAUAUCAAACUCCCAGGGAGUGUUUAGUAUAAAAAUACUGUUAAAAACAAUUUUAACUGUAACAAAAUAACUAGGUACGGUACUGUAUAAUUGCAGACGACAAGAAGCGCUCAUUCAAUUUAUCAUAUUUAAUUUCGGGUCAGUUUAUAACUAGCAACUGGAUGUAGGUAAUUAAAUACUCCGACUUUUUGUUGCCAAUUUUUUUGCAAGUGUUUACUACAAGCAGAAGGUUAGUUACAUCGUCAGCCGGGGCGUGACUUGACAAAAUACGUAACGGUUUUCUCCACUAGAAGCUAAAAAAUCAUUUUUUAACAUUCAUUUUAUUAUCUUUCAACUAACUUAUUUCUUCAUGAGUCAAGAGAUUGACGAAGUGUGCAAAGAUAAUUUUUAAAAAUAUAGUAAGCACAUUAUACAACAAUCUACAAAACUCAAUAAAGCAUUUGCGAAUUUUACUAUUAUUGCUUCCUGUCGUGACAGGAAUGAAACUUCCUACCGAGGUUUGUAUACUAUUUUAUUUACAACCAUCAUAUUUCGAUCAAAGUUAAUAAAUCUCUGUUCGUUCUGAACAUACCUAAAAUAUUACAUUUAACGACAAAUUACCAAGCAUGCCGUUUUCUCAGAAUAAUCAAUAUAUUGUUACUGUGAUUACGGGGUAAACAACUGUCACCAAUAUAAAUAAAUGUCAGAUAAAGCCGGAUAUUAAAAUCGCGAAUAAUAAAUAUCAAUAAGUAGUUUGUUGUAUUUUAGUUCAUUGUUGUUUUUUAUUUAUUUUUUUUAAUUUGGUGUCAUCGGCGUCGACUACUACGGCCAUUAGCCUCGUGUUCUGUGUAGGCUUUGUUACUGUUUCCCAGCGCCACUUUAGGAACAGCACUGUUAAUUAGAACCCAACAGUGAAUGGUCGAGUGGGGAAUCCUACCUAUGCAUUAGAAUUAAUAUUUAAUUUUUUUUAAUUAAAUAAAAAUCCCUGACACCGGUGGGAUUCGAUCCUGAGACCUUCCGAUCUCAAAGUCAUGAUAGAGUCAAUCCACCCCCAGUUGUUUUUUAUUGUUUGCCAUUAAAUAGGUAUUAUAAAAUUUGUCAAAAAAAUGUCUUAUUUUUUUUAAAUAUAAAAAAUACUCAUCUAGAAUAGAUGAAAUGAGGGCGGGAAGUAGAGGUGUGUAAUGUGACACUUCCCAACCUUCAAUGACGUUAGUAAUGACAACAUUACGUAUAUGGUUGUAAAUAAAGCCUUUUACAAUACUCUGAGAACUUUUAGAUUUCAGGAAUCGUCAGGUAAAUCUGCAACGAACCAGUGAAUAGAAAAAAUACCUCUUUCCACAUACUAUAAAUACUUUUUCUAAUGCGGACAGUGAUGAUUAGUUAUCUCUUCUUAAAAUCGAAUUAAAAUUAGGGGCAUGUUAGAUAUUUUAAACAUCUAACACACUGUUGCCGUUUAGGUACAUAUUCGUUUGUAAUAAGAGUGUUGACAUCUCAAAAAACUUCAAUUCUGAGAUUUGGCGAGAUGAUCAUCAUUUGAUAAGGACAAGGUCGUUCUCUUCUUCGAUGAUGUCGAUUUUAGUGUCGGAUUGGGUUGAGGGUGAGAUAAUUAUGGCACGAGGGCCCAUUGUUCACACAUACGACAGAGUAAUUGAGACCAGCUUUUCUGCAGGAACAAACUGCUUGGCACCCAUUCACACAGGUGCAGGAUGUGGUGUUUAAGAACUUUCUGGGGCACCGAUAGUUGGCCAGUUGGAAUGGGGAUCAAGCCGUUGUUGGUGGUCUUCUAUCACAAUCGCAGCGGGUCUAGAUCAUUACCACAUCAUACCUGCACCUGUAAUUAUACCCUUGAGGCAAACAUGCCAAAUUAAAGUUGUUCUUUGACCCUCUGAAGUAGUUCCAACCGAACUUCAUUUAAGGAUUUCUUGCUACCACCCGUGUACUAAGUCACAGUGAACUAUUUUCCUUUGUCAGCGACCUGAUCAGGAGUGCCGAUGCAAUUUGUGAAAACAGGGUACGUUUUGAAGACUUGGAUCCCUGUUGAAUAUGUUGAUCAACCUGAUUUUGCCCUUUCGAAAAAAUGUUGAUGUAUCACUGAAGGUAUGUAGAAACAACAAAUUUUUUUUGGGCAUUUAGUACUACGUCUAAUUUCGGCUCUUUAUUUGUAUCUCUUCAUCAGAAUGAAAGAAUUUGAUGCUCUACAACUUCUAUCACAUGAAAUAUUUAUUUGGAGUAGCCGUUUUCAAGAUACAGGCGUUGAAAUAUGAAGCAUAACCCACUUUUCAAGCAUGUUGAUGAAAAUUUCCGAUUUCUGACGAUCGAUUGUGGCUAAUUCGAUUUUGGCUUUAAGAUUCGUCAUUCGAAACCAAAUUUUAUGCUCUUUAAUUUUCAUCGGCGUGAAAUUUUAUGUACUAUGCGUCAUACUCAAAUUUUAGUCAAAAAACUGAAAAAAAAGUGGCACAAUUUCCUGUUUUUUUGGCCCUUCAAAGUUUAGCACAGUUCAAAAACUCAUGUAACAGAUAUUUGGGAUGUCUAAAGUGAUUUUAAAAAAAUCCAGCUCUACGAAUUUUUAAGCUAAUUUUCCUCGUCUAGAAGCUUUUUCUUUUGACAUUACGGUUUUACCAGGCUGUGAUGGAGUUAGUUUUUAUUGGCUUAUCUAUUUAUCAUGAAUAUAGACUUCGUUCAUACUUGUAGAAAGUUACUUAAAAUGCAAAAGUACAAAAAGUGGAGCAUCUUGUUUUUGCAGUAACCUCACAAAAUUCCAAACGUUUAUUUAAAAAUUAGCGGGCUAUUUAAGCGCUGCGACCAAUACAUGUUUUCGAGCAUUUAGCUUAAGAUUAUAAAAACAGAAACCUUUAGUUUUAAUAAUAGUGUUUCGGGCCGCAAAAAAAGCUUGAAGGGGUAAGUUGAGUGUGGCUAUUAUAAAUAAUAACCGUAUCGUCUGCAAAAUUGGUCGAAGCAUUGAAGGAAAAAACUUCGGAAUUUUUUAGACUAAUACGGAUCGGAAUGCGGUUUUUUGCAUUCGCUUCCAAACAUUUUUUGGAAAAAAUGUCUACUUUUUAUCUUAUACAAACCGGAAAUUGCAUUGCUGCAGAUAAAAAUGCAUUCAAAAAAUGCUGAAAAAGGUUGCUGAUCACGAUUAUGAUGUUCAAAUUGACACAAAGCCGACCUGGAGCUCAGAAACGCCGAUGAACGUCAUCUCCGUGGGACUCUCCUGAAAUUCACGCGGGGAAGAAGAGAAAUUCGCGCCCGGGGGUUUCUUAGGUCGCUAAAUUCAAAUAUGGCAUCGUCGAACACCCCCCGGACACUUGGUGUACCGGAGAGUGGACAUCAUCCCCGAUAAUUUUCAUGACAAGAUCGCCAAAAACAACCCGAAAAUCAUUGUAGAGGCGUUUUUUGAGCGCUUAAUCCAAAUUUUACGUCGAAAACGAUCCCCCGAACACCUAGUGCAGCGGAAUCUGGCCCUGAACGUCGUCUCUCACGUUUCCUCACACAAUCGAAGAACGAACCCAAAUUCUUAAGGGGGUUUUUUUUGGGGCACUGAAUCCGAAUGUCACGUCGAAAACGACCCUCCCAACACCUGGUGUACCGGAACCUCGGGCUGAACGUCGUCUCUGAGGGUUUUCCAGAAACGAUCGCAAAAAACUAACCGAAAAUCCCAUAAUUUCACACAUUCAUUGAUGUGUAACUCUCGCCUGGGGCCCUCGAAAAAGUUGAUCCAGUCCUGUAAAAUAGAGCGAGGAAAAUUACGAGAAUAAUCUCCGGUUAGAUCUCCGAACUUUGCCGAGCAGCCUUACACUUUUCUCCCAACGCUCGAAAUGCUUUGUGUAAGUUACACAGAAACCAUGAUCAUGAUACUAUUACUCGAGAAGAUAAACCCACGCGCGCAUGCGAUCAGCCCAUCUCUCUCACUCUCGCACGCCUGACGUCACUGGGAGACAUUACCCGACUCAGCAACAGCCAGUUCUAUACGGCGCAAAGCGUUUUUGCGUGUAUUAGAUUUUUUUAAUUUUGUUUCUUUGGUUUGUUGUGUUUUAGAAGUAAACGUGCGUAAAGCUUUUUAUAUGUUAUAUAUAAAAACAAUGUUUUAAACAUUUACUAUGGUAUACUGUGCAGUGGUGGGUUGUUCAAACAACAACACGUUUUUUAGAUUUCCAAGAGACAAACAAAUUUGCGAUCAAUGGAUUCUAAAGUAAUUGUAUUUUUUUAAUUAAAUCAGUAAGGACCGAUUCCACCGUUGUGUUAAACGGAGAUUAAAAUGACGUUGUUAAUGUAAAGAU